AUGUCCCUGGCAACACAGGCCCUAGCCCUAACAUACUCCGAGCCAUACCGGCCCCAAUACCAUUUCACACCGGCGCGCGGAUGGAUCAACGACCCCAAUGGGCUUGUGUAUGUGAAUGGCACGUACCAUACGUUCUAUCAGUAUAACCCUGGUGGAACGGAUCACGACAAUAUUUCCUGGGGCCAUGCUACGAGUGAGGACCUGACGCACUGGGAUGAAAAGCCUGUUGCGCUUCUUGCGAGGGGCUUCCCUGGGAAUGUCUCCGAGAUGUUUUUCUCUGGGAGUGCGGUUGUUGAUGUGCAGAACACGAGUGGGUUGGGGGCUGGGGAUGAGGGUCCGAUGGUUGCUAUUUAUACCUCCUAUUAUCCAGUUAGUCAAACGCUACCAAGUGGAAAGCGUGUUCGCACAGACCAGCAAAGCCAGUCGAUUGCCUAUAGUCUCGACCAGGGUGAAACGUGGACAACCUAUGACGAGGCGAACCCGGUGCUUCUUGAGCCCCCGGCACCAUAUAAGGACCAGUAUAAGAAUUUCCGCGAUCCGAACGUCUUCUGGCAUGAAGAGACAGGGAAAUGGGUUCUUGUCGCUGCUCUUUCCGAAAUACACAAGCUCCUCAUAUACACAUCCGACAAUCUCAAGGACUGGUCAUUCGUAAGCGAGUUUGGUCCAUACAAUGCAGUUGGUGGAGUUUGGGAAUGCCCUAGCUUCAUUCCCCUACCAGUCGAUGGCGAUGAGUCGAACGUGAAAUGGGUCGCCAUUAUCGGUCUCAACCCCGGCGGUCCCCCAGGUACAGUAGGCUCAGGAAACCAGUAUAUACUUGGACAGUUCGACGGCACGGCAUUCAUCCCUGACAAGGAAAGCAUUCAUGCCGGUGGAACGGCGAACUGGUUCGAUUAUGGCCCGGACUUUUACGCUGCACUCGUCUACAACGGCCUGCCUAAGUACCAGCACACAGUAAUCACCUGGAUGAACAACUGGCAAUACUCUGAGAAGAUCCCGACAGGUAGCUGGCGCGGCGCAAUGGCUAUACCUCGAAGUCUUGCACUCAGAACAGUGAAUGGCAAUGUCACACUUGUACAGGAACCAGAGGAGGACUGGGAUGCGAUCACUAGCAAAGCAAAUAUCUCUCAUUUUGGAUCCCUCCCAGAAGGAACCCAUGACCUCGGAUCACUCGGAAAAGCACUAGAGAUCAACUUGACCUUCUCGGACCGCAACACCAAUCUUUCUUCGUCAAGGUCGCCCUCUGAAUUCGGGAUUUCCCUUCGCGCAACCCAAAACUUCACCCAACAGACACGAAUUGGAUACAACUUUGCCACAGAGCAGAUUUUCGUUGACCGGAGGAGAUCAGGGAAUUCAUCCUUCGACGAGACAUUUGCGAGCAUCUACCACGCUCCGCUUUCCCCGGCGGAGGAUGGCACUGUGGCGCUCCGUGUCUUUGUUGACUGGUCCAGCGUUGAGGUUUUUGGUGGACAAGGAGAGACCACCGUGACAGCGCAGAUUUUCCCCGAUGAGAAAGCUACGUACGCCAGGCUUUUUUCAACCGGUGGUAGUACGGAUGACGUGCAGCUGAGUGUAAGAGAGGUUGAGUCGGUGUGGUAG